GAGAUUUUGUUGCGUUUAGCCCAAAUGAAUUCAAUAAAUUGUUUGACACUUGGCAUUUGGCAUGAAGUUGUCGUUGCCAACUGUUCGAAUGUUGCCAAAUGUCACUGUAGUGUUUUCAUUGUCUUUUCAUAAACAAAUCGAAACAAUUUUUUCUUACCUCAACCAAAAAUGAGUUCACCGGCAAUCAUUGAUUUUCGACCAAGUCAUAUUUGCUUGGAAUUGUAAGACAUUCAAUUGUCUUUUGAUUCGAUAUUCAAAUUGUGUACUAAAUAUUUCAAGUAAUUAAUACAAAUGGUCAUUAUCAUAAUUGAAUUCAAACAACGGGACUUUUUGCCAAGCUCAUUUGAAAACAGCUUUCAUUAACUGAAACCUUGCGAUAAUUGUGAUGGAUGGUCUUUUUUGUGAAACGAUAAUUUUAUAAGUCAAUUUGAACAAGUAGCAAUUGAUUAUCGAUUGAAUUUGUUAGCAUUCGAAAUACAACAGAGAUUACAUAAUAUGAAGAACAGCUAAGAUUUUCAGAAGCGAUUUCUGCUACCCCGAUAUGUCAUGAGGAAAAUAAUAUUUCUUGUCGUGAAAAAUGAAAAUAAAUUUAAAUUUCAAUUGGCGUUUGUUUUGGAAUAACAAGAUGAGACAUAGGUCCCAUGCAGAAUCGGAAAAAAUUGGCCCAAGGCUUUGAUACUUACAUUUUUUCGAAAAUGUCAUCGACACCGUAAUGUUUCUUGAUAUUAAAUCACUUGAAUGACUACUGUCCCCCGCCAUAGAGAUUUUAGCAUACACGCACAUGCACUUUAUGGAAAAUUGUCAUUUUUCUUCCGAAUAAUGUCUAGAAUAUUUGUUCAAACAGUUGAAAUAGAGUGAUUUUUACGUUUAGACGGUCAAAAUGAUGCGUGUAUUAGAAACAAUUUAUUUUGGAGAUUUGUUUCUCGAAUCUAUGAAACGAGUAAAACACGUAAUUGUUUUAAUUACGUAUGUUAUUCCCAUAAUAUUCGCAAGCUUGUAUUUCGUUCCGAUUCUCAUUUGGCCAUCACAACGGUACUAUAUACAUGCAACUCCAUUUCAGUUAUUUUGGUUUUUGACUGUAUCUAUCACAGCAUUUAUUUUGAUAUUUGUGGAAGCGUAUGGAAAAAAAAUUAAAAUGUACAAAUAUUAUUAUUGUGCCACCUGGUUUCUUUAUGAAUUUAUCUGGUGUUUAUCAAUUUAUGCGUAUUUUGAUUCCGUAAUUAAUCAUUGGUCUACUGAACAGUGUACAAAAAUGCUGCUACCAAUGAUUUUUAAAAAGUUUGGUGUUUUGGAUCUUUUUCAUUUUCUAUUUGCUUCGAUUGUUCUUUGUUUACAUUGGACACACACUUCAUUUAUCCAUAUCUCGUUGUCUCUGGGCAAACUUGUCGUUAAAGAACCAAAAAGAACUCAAUAUGUACAACUUGUUUUUGUGAUUUUGUCAAUUUUAACAAUUAUACCGCCAAUAUUCUUCUUGUUGUCUCUCAAUCAUGAAAAAUUGUAUUAUAUACAAUUAUUUGUAUUAGUACAAGAAAAAUGUUCAGUUUUAUUGUGCUCAUCCACUCUUAUGGUGUCCUUCAAUAUCUAUUAUAAUUUGAAGGAAGAUAUGAAUCCAUUUGGUAGUAUAUUAAGCGGAUAUGGAUUUUCAAUUUUUUCCGAACUAUUUCUAUUGUGGUUCCUGUUUAUUUUGGGAAAAAAAGACAUAAAUUAUUCCCACUUAAUCUGGUCUUGGAUUUCUUACUUCGCUAUAGGUCGCCAAGCGUUCUUGGAUAUGGAAAUUAAUCCUCAGAAAUAUAAAGAUUACUCCGAAAAAAAAAUCAUGAAUUCUAAUACAAUACAGAUGUCUGAGCCGCUGCAAUCUUCAUCUAUGUGUGUUUGACUAUCCCAAAAAAGUACAAAUUUUGAGGGGAUCAAGCGGUUCUCAUCAGAGAGACUCAAAUGUCAAAUGUGAGUAAUCGUCUGCGCCACCUCCAAUUAGUUCGGGAAAACAAAUUUAGUUCUUUUGCAUUGAUUCACCUUCUGACCAGUGCGAUACGUAUAUCAGUCGAAUGAAAAAAAUGCAUAAAGCGUAUAUGCAAUUAUGCAUGCAUCUGAGUAUAGCCGCGCUAUUGUUGAUGUUUUUUCACCUUUUUUCGUUUCUAUGCUACAGAACCAAAUUUUGUUUACAAAACUAAUUAGAGAUAGCGCGGACGAUUGAAACUCGCAUAAUAAGUUACCCACUUGGGAUAGUCCGGUGUUUGUGUGUGUUUGUUAAAAAUAGGAUUUUACCACCAAAACUAAGAAAUAUUUGGAUAAAAUAAAUACAAAGAAAUA